AGUGAGAGGGGCUGAGACAACUGGAGAAGGAGCUCUCAUUGCCCUCUGCCCAUCAUCCAGCCAAGCCCUCAGUUUUCCAGUACUCUGCUGGAGAGAUGAGGCAUUCAUACCAGCUGCCCUUAGUGGGGCUCCUACUGUUUUCUCUUAUUCCAAGCCAACUAUGCAAGAUCUGUGAGGUCAAUAAAGAAAACUACUCUUAUCUGAACCAUCUGUUGAAUACAAUGAUAAAUUCAGAAUACACAAGCAAAACCCAAUCUGCAAAUGUCCUGUUGUCCCUCAGCCUUGUUGGAAUUCAGGACAAAACCCUAAAACAACAAGUUGAAAGAACUAUGGAAGGGAAAGAUCUAAAUUUAAGCUCGGGACAGCUUGCUGUGAUUAUACUGGCUUUGGAAGCAUGUCAUACCACUGGUGAAAACUUUACAUAUAAUGAAUAUCUGCUCAGUCAUCUAGAAAAGAAAUUCCAAGACGAAAUUGAAAAUAUGAAAGCACACGAUGGCAAUCCACUGACCAACUUCUACCAGAUCAGCCUGGACGUUUUGACUUUGUGUCUCUUCAAGGGGAACUACUCAACCACCGAAGUUGCUGAAUUAUUCAAUUAUACAAAAAACUAUUAUUUGGGUGGUCAGUUCUCAGUAGAUACUGGUGCAAUGGCUGUCCUGGCUCUGACAUGUGUGAACAGGAGUCUAACAAAUGAGCAGAUCAAAGCAGAAAAGAAGUUAACAAAAAUUGAUAAGUGUAUAAGGUUCCUGGUAAAAAAAAUUCUGUCUGAGAAAAAAGAAAAUGGUCUCAUUGGAAACACAUUUAGUACAGGAAUAGCUAUGCAGGCCCUCUUUGUGUCAUCAAAGUAUUAUGAAGAAAGUGAAUGGAAUUGCCAACAAACUCUGAAUACAAUAUUCAAGGAAAUUUCUCGGGGAAUGUUCAAUAAUCCAACUGCUGCGGCCCAGAUCUUACCUCCCCUAAUGGGAAAGACCUACUUGAAUGUUACAAACUCUCCUUGUGUCUCUGAUUUAGAUAAAUUCAACAUUUCCAAUGAUGCACCUGAAUCUAACACACCUUCUAACUCAUCCUCAUCCAUCCUCGUCCAUUAUUCUGUGGUAAUCAAUGAAACAUAUCCUAUCAAUAUCACCGUGCCAAAUGGUUCAGUCUUCCUAGAUGUGAUGAAAGAAGCUCAAAAACAGAAUUCGACGGCAUUUCGUUUCACAAUGGAGCAGAGCGCAUGGGGCCCCUACAUUACUUCUGUCCAGGGUCUGUAUGCCAGCAACAAUAAGAGAACCUACUGGGAACUUCUGAGCGGAGGCAAAUCAUUGAGCCAAGGAGUUGGUAGCUAUGUUGUUCAUAAUGGAGAAAACUUGGAGAUUCGUUGGAGCAAAUACUGAUAAGCCCAGACUUUCCUCUUAUGAAUGUACCUUUUGGAGUGGAAUUCUAUGAAGAAAUUAGCCCAACACUCCCCCCUCCAAUUCAAUAAAAGAUCAAUGUCUGUACAAGAA